UCUUGUAUGACGCAGCUCCAUUGCCAGCAGCCAAACAACAGCAACUGGAAGGAAGUAGCCACAAGUGUUAGCGUCGUUACACUGAAGGAGACUCACUGUCAAGACAACAAGACACUGUUGUGUGAAACUGAAUCGAACAAGAUUUUCAGAGACAACAUCUUCCAAGGACAUGGAUUCUCCCCGGCAGUCCAAGAAGGCUAACCGUAAUCGAGAGGCAAAGUGCAACCAGAAUCACUCAAGCACUCCACAGAAAGAUGCCUAUGCCAGGCUCGUCAGCCAGCACAACAGCAGCAAGUUCAGGUUGUACCUAGAACAGUAUGCAAAGGAGUCCACAUUUCAGGGUGAGGAAAACGGGCCCAGAGCACCAACCAGCGCCCGUAGUGACAGACUAGACAUACCACAGCGAAAAAUGGACCAAAUGUUUAUUGAGUUCUCGGAUUCCAGUGAUUUCUCUCCUUCCUCCAUGAAAAGUAGAGGUGAAGAGAGUUCGCUGUAUUUGUACAUGGAGAAGCGAAAUAGCCGCGGUGGGCAGCAGGACUGUGACAAGAAGCACAGUGUGUCUGACAGGCAGCGACGGGGACAGAGGAGGGACACCGCCACCAGUCACGAUGGUGACAUCGAGUCCGGGGAGGAACUCAGCUCUCUCAAACUGAAAGACUCAAAACAACAGCAGAAGCAGCAGAAGAAAAGCAAAGAGAGAGACCAUGGCUCAAAGGAAGCCGUGUCAAUCCAGUCCCCAAAGAAAAUCAGUCCAAGUGGACCUGAACAAGAGAAAACAAAGAAGUUAAAGAAGAAGAAUCUGGCAAAGAACCAUCAGGAGGAGAAAAGCAGCGAUUUGUUCAGUGCUGGAGUUGAUGCUGAGAUGUCAAGGCCUAAGUCUCCCCAGAAUAAAACCAAGAAACUGCCGCAGCUUCAAGCUUCAACUUCCAGUUCUCCUGCAGACAAAAAUAAAAACAAAGGAGGGAGAGGAUCAAAGAAACAAAUCUUUGAGUCCUACAUGACCUGUGAGGAUGUUUCUCAUGGUCUUAAAAGAGGACAACUCAUUCAGGGGUCACUAAGAAUCAACCCCAAGAAGUACCGUGAGGCUUUCAUCCCAUCUCCUGACGGAGAUCGGGAUAUUUUCCUGGAUGGAAUUGUAGCACGCAAUAGAGCACUGAAUGGAGACGUAGUGGUGGUGCAAAUCCUCCCUCGGGAUCAGUGGAAGGUUGUGAGGUCAGAUACUGACUGUGAAGGCAGCACUGAGUCAGAGCCACAGACAGGUAGGAUGGCCCAGACAGCCCAGAAGAAAAAAGAGCGGGAUCCCAGCCCUGAUGUUAUUGUGGAGGACCAGUAUAGUGACCAGGAUGAGCUCGUCCGCAGAGUUAAGAAUAUUGCGCUCAGUGCUGCAGAAAAAGGGGAAAUAGGAGGAUCUUUGGAAGAUCCUUCAACACCACGAUCCAACGGCGAAAUUCUUCAAAGAACUGCCAAAGUGGUGUAUAUUGUUGAGCGGAAACACUCGAGGGCUGUAACCGGCUUCCUCAAGUUCCUCCCAGACAAGCCCUUCGCCAUGUUCUCCCCAGUGGACCACCGUGUGCCACGGAUUAAUAUCCCCCUGACCGAUUGUCCCGCUGACUUCAGUUCCCGUUCAGGCGACUAUGUCAACACCUUGUUCAUUUGUCGUAUCACCAACUGGCCAGCUGACAGCAACUUUGCUGAGGGUCGUCUUGCUAAGACGCUGGGCCAAGCUGGGGAAAUAGAGCCUGAGACAGAGGGCAUCCUGAUAGAGUACGAUGUAGAUUUCUCUGAGUUCUCCGAUGAGGUGCUGGACUGUCUACCCAAGAACCUGCCCUGGACCAUCCCACCUGAGGAGAUGAGCAAGAGGAGGGACCUCAGGAAGGAGUGUAUUUUCACUAUUGACCCUGCUACUGCCAGAGACCUGGAUGAUGCCUUGUCUUGUAAACUACUCCCAGAUGGUAAUUUUGAGGUGGGAGUCCAUAUUGCUGAUGUGAGUUAUUUUGUGGAGGAGGGCUGUGACUUGGACUUCAUGGCCAGCCGAAGAGCCACCAGCGUAUACCUUGUCCAAAAGGUGAUCCCCAUGUUACCCAGGCUGCUUUGUGAGGAGCUGUGCAGUCUGAACCCUCUCACUGACAGACUCACCUUCUCUGUCAUCUGGAAAAUUACCCCUCAGGGGAAGAUUCUGAGUGAGUGGUUCGGCCGCUCCGUUAUCCGCUCCUGUGUGAAGCUGAGUUACGACCAUGCACAGAGCAUGAUCAAUGCCCCAGAUAAGAUGUUCUCUGCAGAGGAGUUGCCCCCUGUGGACCCUGAACACCCCAUUGAUGAGAUCCACCAGGCUGUGCUCAACCUGCACUCUAUUGCCAAGAACCUUCGAGCCCAGCGCUUCGAAGGAGGAGCCCUCAGACUGGACCAGCUGAAAUUGUCUUUCACUCUGGACAAAGACACUAUGAUGCCACAAGGCUGCUAUGUUUACCAGUACAGAGACAGCAACAAAUUAGUGGAAGAGUUCAUGCUGCUGGCUAACAUGGCCGCCGCCCACCAGAUAUAUCGCUCCUUCCCUGAGCAGGCCCUGCUCAGGCGCCACCCCCCACCCCAGACCAAAAUGGUGGAUGAGCUGCAAGAGUUAUGCGACCAGAUGGGCCUCAAUGUUGACUUCUCCUCUGCAGGAGCGUUACAUAGAAGUCUCCACGCCACCCUGGGUGACGAUGAGUAUUCCAGUGCCAGGAAAGAAGUGCUCACCCACAUGUGCUCCAGACCCAUGCAGAUGGCAGUGUACUUCUGUACAGGUGUCAUAAAAGAGGAGCACCUGUUUAAGCACUAUGCCCUCAAUGUUCCAUUCUACACACACUUCACAUCACCUAUUAGACGAUACGCAGACGUUAUUGUACACAGGCUGCUGGCUUCAUCACUGGGUUGUGGGCAGCACAUAAGACUUUCAGAAGAAGAAGUCCAUAAGCAAGCAAUGCACUGCAAUGACAAGAAGACUGCCUCCAAGAGAGUCCAGGAGCUCAGCUCUGAGCUGUUUUUUGGAGUGUUUGUAAAGGAGUGCGGCCCUCUGGAUUCUGAGGCCAUGGUGAUGGGUGUGCUGGAUCAGUCUUUUGACGUGCUAGUCCUUCGCUAUGGUGUGCAGAAACGCAUUUACUGCAAGACCUUGGCAGGCCUGGACUCCUUCCACCAUCACAAGGUGGGGAAGAAGGGAGAGCUGACUCUGGUCUGGUCACCAGAUGAGGCCUCACAGAAACCCCCACUACAGCAGGUAAUUUCUGUCUUCACCUUAGUGGAGGUGCAGCUCAGAGCAGAUGGCGGGGCCAUGAAAUACAGCGCAGUGCUCAAGAGGCCUGAUGAGAAUGGAUCAUAAUCACUAAUAUGUACCAUAGAUCACACAAACAUAUGUACAGAAAGUGAAGCACCGUACUGAAAAAGUAUGCUUGUACAUGCUGUGAGGAAUUGCACAUUAUUUCUUUAUUGAUUGUCAGAACUGAAGUGAUAAUUCCACUGGCAGAGGUUGAGUUGUGAAUGCGGCCUGGCCAGGGUGUAAUUUGGAGGCAGUAUGACUGUGGUUCUGUGAGACUUGACUCCUGAGGAGUCACUGAACAGGCUGCAAUCCAACUGUAAUCAUAUGAGCAUGUAUGAGCUCCCUCAUUGGCAGACUUUGUUUGCCAUUUUUGGAACGUUGAGUUCCAAGGAACAGUUGCUCAAUCAAAUCAGAAAAUUAAUUCAGUAUGGAUAUCAAAUAGUAUUCGAGCCCAGGUUUGACUGUGAAAGCACCAAAACCGAGCAAUGAAGUUUAUUUUGCAGUUCAUUUAAUUGUAAUUUUUGGCUUGGUAUACUUGAUUCAUAUAGUCUGGUGUGGGAGAAUCUUGUAGAUUAUAGAACUAUUUUUAGUUUAAUAUUGAGGCUUGGUUUCCUGAUGCUAGAUUGAGGAUAGCCUCUGUUUGCACAGCUACUGAUUUUUACUUUUUUGACAUGUCUUGCCAUGUAGUUGACCAAACACUGACUGGCCACAGUUGCUAUAAUACUCCUGUUGUUUUUAGCACUGUGUAGCAUCGGUAGAGUUGUUUUCUGAAAAAUAUUUGCUUGCAAAACAGUUUCAAGAUAAUUUUGUUCAUAGCAGACAAGUAUCUGUCAUUGCUUUACAAACACACCUGCAGUGACAUGCCAUCAAGGCCAGUAUAUAUUUAGAGUUUUCAUUCCUGAACCAAACAAACAACAAGAAGUUGGUGUUGUGUUUUAUUUGAAUGAAAAUCACUAGCCUAGUCGCUCUCUACAGGUUGAGGGGUUGGUUGGUCCAGUUGUCUUUGCUGCUACGCCUGGUUGCCAGUCAAAUAUUUAUAAAGCGUCUUAGAAUAAGACUGAUAUUGAUAUUUCAGUCCGAUUCUUACAUACUUGCCUUCAUGUUGGUGUAGUAUAUUUCUGUUUUGUUAAGUAAUAAUUUGGUCUGAUUAUGCUAGUGGUUAGUUGUCUUAGGUCAGCUUCAUUGCCAAAACCACCAUUUCAGCAUUGGGGGGCACAUUUUUGGAGUGCCUGAACAUUGGGGGUGACGUGUACCUCUCAAUGUAUAUGGGCGUUUGGGCCUUGGUCAGCUUCAUUAUUGGUGUUAGAGGUUGAAAUGUUCAAAACUGUGGAAGCAUGCAGAAUGUGUGGUUAAGAUUGAAAGGAAGCUCAGUCUACGUAGAGGAAACCUGCAGUGGUAGUUGAAAUGAGGGCCUCGUUUCCUUGUUUGGGCUAGAGUGUAAUUUUAAUUACAUAUCUCCAGCUGUUAAAAUGUAGCAGUCAUGGCAAGGUUUAUAGCUUUCACUGUAUCGAAUCCAUACUGCAGAACUCUGCUCGGUGACAGAUGAUAGUAACUGCUCCAUAGAACCACAAACAGCUACAACAUCUGCCAUCCUGACUAUUUUUAUUGCCUUUGCAAUAUUGCAUUAUUUAUAGUGUUUUAGUGUUGUUAUUGUAUACUUCUCGUUAGCUAGAGUGCAACUCAAGGAGUUGUUUCACAGACAUGAAAGACAACAAGUCACAGUAAUUUUUAUUUACUUUAAAUUAUGAAAAGGGAAUCUGGCAUUAUUUUUACUUCUAGACUGAGAUACAUGUGCAUUAUAACACAAGUUAUGAAAAUGACGUGAAUAACUUGUAAUGCUGCUGCAAAUUGUGUGUGGCCUUGAGAUCUUAAUGAGUUUAAUUUUGGUUUAAGUUGUUUUUUUAUUGCUUUGUUUUAUUCUCUGCUAAUCAACAAGUCCUCUCCAACAGCUGACUUUUAUGAAAAGCAUGCACAGUGAAAUCAAUACAGAGCCAGUCUUGAGUUUUCUCUUUGUUUUGGCCCUUUAAGCUCAAACUUAAUAUUGCAGCCAUAACUCACUGAAGACCUAGACAGCAUUAUGCAUUGUGAACAGCUCUCAUUUUGGAAGUAUACAUUUAAUGGGCAAUUGCUUUUCCUUAAACUGAAUGAUGUGCCUCUUUGUUUCAUCUUCAUGUUUUCAGAGUAAGAGGCUUGUUUGUGAUAGGAUUAUGGUGCCCCCUGUCGAACAACAGCUAGUUUAAUGCUUUCAUGUAUUGGGCCGAAGACUUUUUUUUUUUUUUAAUACAUGGACUGACAGUAUGUGAGUUUUAAAUUUAUUUUUAAAAAAGCAAAUUGUUGUGUUGUUUGUAAAAGACUGGAACAAAACAACUGUACCCUGACUGAGGUUGGGAUCUAAAGUUGAUGGAUGAAAUUGUAGCCCCAAGGGUUGAAGUAUAACUUCUUUAUGCCUUUUGAGAGGAUUGAACUCUCACUGUCACCUGUCAGCUGUGAUUCUGUUUAGUGAUGAAAAUGUGUCUGUACUCUGCAUCAUCAUACAGGGCAAAAGAUAGUUGUCCUUGUCUCUUAACGAAUAAAUAGAUGCCUUAGGUCCAAAAGGAGCAAAUGA